AUGCUUUGCUCCCUUGACAAAGAUUUAAAAUCCAUAGACAUUAUAUUAGCUAGCACUUCGCCACGUCGGAAAGAGAUACUUGGGAACAUUGGUCUGCAGUUCUCCUCUAUUUGUCCUGAUGUUGAAGAGUCUCUGCCUUCAGAAAACUUUCAAUCAAUGCCAGCUCAUAUCGAAGCCAUAGCUAAACUUAAAGUGGAUGCAGUGGUGAAUACCUUGGAUAUCAGUGAACGUAACUAUGUAGUCAUAGGAGCAGAUACUAUGGUAUGUUUUGAGGAUUGUAUUUUUGGCAAACCCUCAAGUCACGUGGACGCUGUAAAUAUACUCAGUUGUUUGAGUGGGAAUGUUCAUCAAGUAAUAACUGGUGUAUGUUUAAAGUGGAUUGUAUCUGGGAAACAGCAGAAAACUGAUCAAUUUCAUGAAGUAACAAAUGUAAAGAUGAUUGAAUUAAGUCCUCUCAUGAUUGAGGGGUAUGUUCAGUCUGGAGAGCCAAUGGAUAAAGCUGGAGCUUAUGGUAUCCAAGGGUUGGGUUCAAGUUUAAUUGAGCGGAUCGAUGGAGAUUAUUUCAAUGUUGUUGGUUUGCCUGUUUGUCGGUUAUGCAAAUACUUAAAAGCUGGAUGUGAAGAAAUAGUGUCUAAAUUGUCAAACACAUAAAGAGUUCUUAUCGAACUGAGCAAAUAUCCCAGAAAAUAACUAAUAUCCGUCAGUAUUCUAUCACUUUAAACUGAUGAAUUGUAUGCAAAGUUGUCAUAAUUUACUGAAAAAUUAAAUAAUAUUCUCGUUCA